AUGGCAGCCCCUAAGAAAGUAGUGCUUGACAUAUUACUACCAAAUGGUUGCGUUAUUGUUGUUGAGUGUGAAGAAGACAUGACAUUAGAGAAAAUCAAACAGAAUAUAUUGUCAUGUAUUAAACGAUUAACGCCGUUCAAUGAACUCGUUCAUGAUCAAAAGAAUUACUAUUUAGAAUCAGUUACAUCGGGCGCACAAGUCAUUCCAUUGUAUGAUGAACAAGUUAAAUUAAACGAGUUAAAUCUUUUUUAUGGAUAUUUGAGUUUACGGGAACACGAUGCUUUUCUUGACGAAAAAGAUGAUUUAGCGCUGAUGAGUUUACUGCUUGGUUUUCCACUUGAUGACUUCGCUAGUACAUUAGAACGUGAGGCAUGCGAAGCGCGAUCCUUAUUGAAUCGUCUAGCUGACAUGCUCGUCACCGAAUCACAGAAAGAUCUAAAACGGAAUGGCAUACCCGAACAAACAAACGCACAUGACGUGGAAGAAAAUCAGACGAAUUUGAUGAAAUCGCAAAAUCUACUUAAACAAUUUAGCCUUUCAUCAGAUAUUAGACCGAUAUUCGUGCAAGUUCAAGAGCGGCAUUCAACAUCACCUAUAUGCUUUAAUUUAACGAGUAGUUUGUAUUCUUCACCCAUUGAUAUCGUCGCGAAUGUGAUUUCGUCGAAACUCUCUGCCGACAAUCCAACAAUGUCCGAUGAUGAUCGAGUAAAGAUUAUUCGAGAGUAUAAAACACGUUAUUGGUUGCAAGCAUUUGGCUGUGAGGAAAGACUCUUUGGAUCCAAGCCGAUUCUACAAUCAAAAUACGUUCAAACGUGUCUUCGUCUUGAUAAACCAUUGUAUUUCAAACUAAUCAAUAUCGAAAGUACAGUAGGUAAUGGUAAAAAGCGAUGCUUAGCGAUGAUACAAGAAGCAAUCAAACAAGAAGAGGAGCGGAAGAAACCACAAAAAUUCGGUGGCAGAAGCAAUGAGAUUCGUCAAGUUUGGAAUGAAAAAUAUAUUGCCAAUGAAACUUUUUCCUUACGAAUUCUUUCUGGACAAUUGAUUCCGGCUGGUGAAUUCGAUGAGGUCAAAAUUAUCAUCGGACUGUAUCAUGGAACUCAACCUUUAUAUCCUGGCUCAAUCGUUGAAAGUCGAUCUGUAGAUACACUAAAUCCCGAUUGGCAACAAGAGAUCAAAUUUGAUAUCACAUUAGUUAAUCUACCACCUGCGAGUAAACUAUGCUGCUCGAUACAUUUUCAUCGGCGGCGAACUUCACUCUUGAUUUCUGAUGAAUGGAUCUGUACUGGAUGGGCGAAUCUCAAUGUAUUCAAUCACAAUAGUUGUCUUAUUCAAGGUAGACAAAAAGUACGAUUUUGGCCGACAGAAACAAAUAUUGGCAAAAUAACAAUAUCUCCAUAUGGAUUUAACGAAAAGAACCUAGCAGGUAUCAAUCCCGAUCGAUCCUAUCCAACGAUCGAGUUGGGAUUUCCUAGUUAUAAAUAUCAAAUCGCUACAUUGUCGCCACGAAAUGGUCUGGCCAUGCAGGCGCAAACAAAACACGAACAAUUACUACGAUCAUGUGCAUUUCAAGAUGAUUUGGAAGAAAAUGUUGUGCAAUCGGACUUCUAUGAUUGGCUGCGUUCAAUUGAUUUUGAACUGACUGAACAAAGUAGUGCUGAACUUUGGGAACGACGAUACGAAUGUAUGCACGUUCCUGAAUCAUUACCACGAUGGCUCAAAUGCGUCAAAUGGUCAAAUCGGGAUGACGUUCUCGAAGCGUAUAAAGUAGUCGAAAAUUGGCCGACGAAGAAUAUUGAUCCAUUGAUGACCGCACUUGAAUUACUUGAUGCUGAUUAUCCGGAUCCAUUCGUUCGUUUCUCAGCUGUACGUCUAUUGGAUACACGUAUCGAUGAUGAUCGACUUCUACCAGUCAUCUUACAAAUAGUACAAGCAAUUAAAAAUGAACCAUAUCAUGAUAGUGCUCUAGCUAGAUUUUUACUUAAACGUUCUCUAUUAAACCAACAAGUUGGACAUUUCUUCUACUGGCAUUCAAGAGCGGAAUUGAAAAAUCCUCAACAUAAAGUUCGAUUUGGUCUUUUACUCGAAGCUUACAUUCGUUACUGUGGUGAAUAUGCGGAAGAUCUCGGACGACAAGUUCGAACAGUUGAUAAACUGACAUUUAUUGCUGAAACUAUACAAAAUAGUACACAUGAUGAACUAUACAACCAGAAAGGUUAUCUUGCUCAUCUACUGACAAGAGAAGGUUACACUCAAAAUUUGCAAUAUUUUCGAUCGCCAGUCGAUUACAACAUUGAACUCGGCCAGCUAGACUUGGAACAUUGUCGAAUCAUGUCAUCUGCUCGACGACCGCUAUGGUUACGUUGGACAAAUGGAUCAGAGUAUGCUGAGCACUAUUUUCCCACGUUUGAUCUGAUCUUUAAAAAUGGAGAUGAUCUUCGGCAAGAUAUGUUAGCAUUGCAAUUCAUUCAAAUGAUUGAUAUCAUCUGGAAAGCAGAUGGACUCGAUCUAAGUCUAUUGCCGUACGGAUGUUUAGCUACAGGUUACUGUUCGGGUUUGAUUGAAGUCGUGAAAAAUGCGAAAACAAUCAUGAAUAUACAAAGACUAGGUGGUUUCAAAGGACAAUUUCAGAUUGAUCCUAGCGCCUUAUAUCGAUGGAUUGCAAAGAAUAAUCCAGGUUCUGACAAAUUAAGAACUGCGAUUGAUCUAUUCACUCGAUCAUGCGCAGGCUAUUGCGUUUUAACUUACGUUCUCGGCGUAGCUGAUCGCCAUCCGGAUAACAUUAUGGUGAAUGAACGUGGUCAACUAUUCCAUAUCGAUUUUGGACAUAUACUAGGCAAUUUUAAAAUGAAAUAUGGUAUACGACGUGAACGUACUCAAUUAGUUCUGAUCGAUGACUUUGUUCGAGUUAUAAAUAAUAAUGCGGAGAAAAAUCCAACUGAAACACGAGAAUUUCAGAAUUUUCAAAAGCUUUGCGUCAAAGGAUAUCGAAUCCUUCGCCGUCAAUAUCGGCAAAUCGUGUGUCUGUGUAAACUGAUGAUGAACUGUGAUUUAUCGGAGUUGCAUAAUGAGAACGAUAUAGCGUAUCUUCGACAGACAUUCGACCUUGGCUCAAACGAACAAGAAGCAUGCAAGCGGUUUGAACUUGUUCUACUUGAUUCGUACCGUUCAAGCGUGAAAACUCGUGUGGAUUGGUUUUUUCAUGCCAUCAAUCAUAUCAAAUCAUAA